GGUGUGUAUUGAAGAAGAUAGAGAAAAGAAAAGGGUCAAAGAGAGCUGUUUGUUCCAAUGGCUAACGUGCUUGGAGCUCAUGAUUUGAACUUCAAAGAGACGGAGCUGUGCCUCGGAUUGCCUGGUGGCGUUGGUGGAAAUGAAGUUGACAGCUCUCAGAAAACCACCGGCAAAAGAAGCUUCUCCGAAACUGUAUAUUUGAAGCUUAAUCUUCAGGCUAAGGAAACCGGCAUGGAUCUAAACAAAAACCUAGAAAAUGGCUCCAAAGAGAAACCAGUUUCAACCAAAGAUCCUGCAAAACCACUGGCCAAGGCGCAAGUGGUGGGUUGGCCACCGGUUCGAUCUUACCGGAAGAACGUUAUGGCCGGCAAUAAGAACACCGGCGAGGAGAAUGAGAAAGCUAGCAGUGCAGUGUUUGUGAAGGUGAGUAUGGACGGUGCACCAUAUCUUCGCAAAGUCGACUUGAAGAUGUACAAGAGCUACCAAGAGCUGUCUGAUGCUUUGGCCAAGAUGUUCAGUUCAUUCACCAUGGGUAAUUAUGGAUCUCAAGGAAUGAUAGACUUCAUGAAUGAGAGCAAGUUGAUGGAUCUUCUCAACAGUUCUGAUUAUAUGCCAACCUAUGAAGAUGAAGAUGGUGAUUGGAUGCUCGUGGGUGAUGUCCCGUGGCAGAUGUUUGUUGAUUCAUGCAAACGCUUGCGUAUAAUGAAAGGAUCGGAAGCAAUCGGACUCGCUCCAAAAGCAAUGGAGAAAUGCAAGAGCAGAGGCUGAAACAACAAGAUCCUGGAAUUAAGCCUUGCUUUGGGUUUGUGUUUAUGUAUAAUAUAGUUGGUAUAUAUAGAUGUGAUUGAAGAUGUGAUCAUAGGGACAUUUGUAAUAGGAACAAUGAACUUGAAACCUCAUAUUGCUGUCUUGUUUGUUUUGCUUUUGUGUUGGUUGUCAUUUAUGUGUUUUGUUCUAUGUUCCUUUCUUCUUCCCCAGUUAAUUUUAAUGCUAAUUGUACUGUUUUUCUUAUCCCAAAUCAAAAAGAUUCUUCAUAUCAUGUAUAAUUCCAUAUA